AUGGAAUUUGCAUGGACAAAAGCCAUGGGAGACAGGGGCUGUAGCAAAGAAGGGGGUUGGGUGGGCCCUGUAAUUCAGAGCAUACUAUCCUUUUUUUGUCUUGUUCUCUCUCUUUCAGGCUUGAACACAGGCUGCUUCUAUGCUCUUUCCACUCUGUUAAACCGCAUGGUGAUGACACACUACCCAGGAGAAGAUUUGAAUGCUGGCAGAAUCGGUCUUACACUUGUAGUAGCUGGCAUGGUUGGAGCUUUGAUUUCGGGCAUCUGGUUGGACAGAACAAAAACAUACAAGCAGACAACGCUGUUGGUUUACGUCAUGUCACUUGUGGGCAUGCUGGUUUAUACUUUUACUCUGGACCUAGGCUACAUCUGGGUGGUCUUUGUAACUGCAGGUUCACUGGGGUUUUUCAUGACGGGUUACUUACCAUUGGGCUUUGAAUUCGCUGCAGAGUUAACAUACCCAGAGUCAGAAGGAACAUCAUCAGGGCUUCUUAAUGUAUCUGCACAAAUCUUUGGACUACUUUUCACCAUCAGCCAGGGACAGAUCAUUCAUCACUUUGGGACACGAGCAGGAAAUCUCUUCCUCUGUGCAUUCCUGGUCCUUGGAACUGUUAUAACUGUGUUCAUCAAAGCUGAUCUCCGGAGACAAAAUGCCAAUCUGGAUAGGGAUCAGACUAGACUCCAGGGCAAUAACAAUCACAUAAUGAAUUAUGGCGCAUGUGCCUUACCCCCAUCAUUUCCCAUGCCUCCUCAGUAA